AUGAAGUCAGGGACAGGUUUUGCAGGGAUCAAUUCCGCCAAAUUGACUUUCAUCAACCAAUGCAACUACACGGUGUGGCCAGCAUUAUUAAGCCGUAAUGUCAAUCUUUCAACUACCGGGUUUGUUUUGCCAAGGGGCGAAAAUUCAACUGUCAACGUACCGCUCAAUUGGCAGGCGGGUCGAAUCUGGGGUCGCACACUCUGCACUACCGACUCAGUUACCGGAAAUUUCUCUUGUGUUACCGGCAACUGCAACUCUGGCAAGAUAGAAUGUAACGGACAAGGAAGCUCACCACCGGUCACGCUGGUGGAGUUCGGCUUAGGCAUCAACGAGCUUGACUUUUAUGACGUGAGUUUGGUGGACGGGUUCAACGUGCCGGUGAUUGUUGUUCCCAUCAGCGGUUCUGGCGUCAACUGCGAGAGCACAGGGUGCGUGGUGGAUUUGAACGCAGUGUGUCCGACGGAGCUGAAGGUGACGAGAAAUGAGCAAGUGGUGGCAUGUCAGAACCCUUGCGCUGCGUUCCAACAAGCCUAUUUUUGUUGCGUUGGAAGCCCUUCCUCUUGCGAACCAAGUGUGUAUUCCAAAAUAUUCAAGACGGCAUGCCCGCAAGCCUACAGCUAUGGAUAUGACGACAAAACCAGCACGUUCACCUGUUCGACUCCCGCAAACUACAAUAUUGUCUUCUGUCCUACAUCUACCAAUGCCAGUCGAAGGGUUGGUGACUCACUCAUUGCUGGUAACGAGACAUCUAAGUGGCUUUCCCCUUCAGGUGAAUUUGCAUUUGGUUUCUACCAACUUCCUAAUGAGCUUUUCUUAUUGGCUAUAUGCUACAACCAGAUACCAAAUAGGACCAUCAUUUGGUAUGCAAAUGGAGACAACCUUGCUCCUGUAGGAUCAAAGUUAGAACUAAAUGAUUCUCGUGGACUCGUACUCAAAACCCCUCAAGAUCAAAAUUUUGUGUCAUUAUGGGAGACUUUCACUCAUCCAAGUGACACAUUGGUACCUACUCAAGUAAUGGAAUUAGGUGGACAACUCUCUUGUCGACAAGGAGAGUUGAACUUCUCAAGUGGAAGGUUCAAACUUCAUCUACAAGAGGAUGGGAAUCUUGUGUUUAAGCUUAUAAAUUUGCUUAACAACUAUAGUGUCGAGCCUUACUUUGAUAGUGGCACUGCUGAUGCAAAGAACCAAACAAAUGUUGGCAUGAAAUUUGUUUUUGAUAAAUCAGGCUUCUUGUACAUAUUGAAGAAAAAUGGGGAAAAGUUUCAAGUCAGUAAAUUGAACAACUCGAUCUCUUCUAAUGAUGUAUACUACAAAGCAACAAUCAAUUAUGAUGGAGUUUUGACUGUAUCGCAUUACCCCAAAGAUCCAAAAAAAGAACAAAGUGGGUCACUUUACAGACAAUACCAGAAAAUAUUUGUCUAG